ACUAUCGGUGUUGGGCGCAGCUAAUAUUUCCUCGCGCUUGUGCCUGAGCCCUAUUUUAGGAACAUUUGCAGGUCUUCCGAGCCACAUUGGAACAAAUAAAUUUAAUUUUGAUUACCUUGACCUCCUUUACCUGGAUCUCUUCUUUUUCUACAAGUGACGGAAAAUAUGGAAGGGUACUGUGAUUUUUCUCGGUAUAAACACUGUAUCAGCUUUGGAUUUGAUUGUAUACAAACGGUGUCAAAGAGUAUUAGCAAUGACGACCAUAACCGUGAUUGGGAUUACGAAAAAAAAGAAUAUGUCAAAUUUCCUUCAAUCGUAUAUAAUACAGUCAGUGAGGUUGUUAUAGCUAGAGGAAAAUCAGAAGUGGGAGAAGUGCAGCUUAAACAUGAUGUAGAUCUUUGUUGCGUUCUCAAUAUCUUUAUGGAGCUUAACAACGUUUUUUUGAAAGCACCACAAAGGGUUUCUAAAUCCGAUAUGCUUGAUAAUGUCAUAACCUCAGAAGUGGUGAAGUUCUUACAAGAUGAAAUGAAUGAAUGGGAAAAAGCCUUAAAAUGUUCCAAGUCAGAUUUUUGUUAUGCAUUCACGCUGCCUACAGGGUGGAACUAUGAGAUUCAAGAAAAAUUAAUCCGCCCUCUCUUUAUUUCCGCUGGCCUUAUCAGUAAAUACAAUCAUCCUGAUAGGUUGCUUUUUUUUACUCAGCUCGAAUCUCUAUUUCGAUGUAUUCAAUCAGACGAUAGAUAUUUCUAUAAAAAUAUUGAAGUGGAAUAUGGUAGACAGUACGCCAUGUGCUCACUAAACUUUGCUGAAGGAGAAAUAUUUGUAAAUCUGGAUUUGUCUUCAGCUCAGUAUCCUUCUUUGACAUCAAUCGACAGCAAAUAUGUUCCACAAUCAUUGAAAUCAGCUAGUUUUAAAUUUCCUUUUGAAUUAAAAGAAAAACAGACAAGGAUCAAAGCAAUCGUAGAAAAAAAGUGUGACACCCUAUCGCUAACAAAUGUCCACAAAUUGACGGAUAUAUUGACAAAUGAAGGUAACACAAAAGGACUUCCACAAUGGAUGCGGCGAAUAUAUGAUCCAGAAGGUAACUUCAAGAUCUCUGACGAGGAUAUAUUGAAUCUGGCGCCGUUUCAAGAAUUUUUAAAUUAUAGACCAUUUAAGCAGCUACAGGAUUUGCGGUACAAAAAAUACAGUUUAGAGAACGAGGAAAUCCGUGCCCUUAAAUCAAUCACCAUUACCGAUAUUUAUGGAGAAUUUCUGGAGGAAGAAGCAUUCUUUACGGAUAAAUUGAAUGAUUUAUUUCAGAACACAAACAAGGCAAAAUUGACAACAUUGAUGAUUUCAUUUACCAAAGACUAUACUAAAGCUCACCAUGCUUUAGUACUACUGAAGCUUGUUGAAAAAUGGCUCAAAUCAUUUGAUAAACAACAAGGCUUUUAUAGAUUAUUGACACGUGUUGUAAAAGGUCCUUACGAAGCUCUCAGUUUUCAAUUUGGAAUCUAACAAGGGCAGAUUGCCAAAGAUUAUACCAUCAAAUACAAGAGGUGAUCAAUUUGAAAAAUUUUCGGAUCCUAUUUGCAUCGUAAAUAUAGACAUUCUCCCUACCAAAGUGGAAGCCAUCUUG